AUGGCAGCAGACGAAGUACCAGCGAUGCCCCCAUCAUCUAGUGAUCAAGCGAACGGUCACACAGAGGCCAAACACAGGCAACGGGAUGAACAGAACUCUGGUGGCGACGUGCAAGAAUCUCCUAGGAAGAGAGUGAAGCUCGACCCGGACACGACAUCAACAACCGAUGAAGGCCAGUCAAAGACGGAUGGCGAGCCACGAUCGGACCGCCAAAAAGGCAUUGCUCCAAUCAAGAAAGAAUUCCUCGUCGACAUCUCUACUCUAGACCCAACCGCCCAACAGGCAGACGAUGAUGCGGCCGAAGCAUCAGGCAGAGGUCACGAAGACAAACUCGCUGCAGGACGCGGCGGGAAGAAGACUCAAGGUGGGCAGAACCACGCUCGCCAGUACGGGCAGUCGAGGGACGCCAUUCAGCUCUGCAAGUCUCGCUCCCUCGCUAAUGAGUUCGACGAGCUUAAUUGCUCGUUCGGCACCAAGUGUAAAUGGGAGCACGACAUCAGAAAGUAUCUCAAGGAUGGCAAGCGUGAAGAUCUGUCAACCUUCGAUGGAGUGUGUCCGAUCUACGAAGUGAGAGGCAAAUGCCUCGCCGGAUGGCGUUGCCGCUUUGCAGGGAGCCAUUCGAAGGAGGUCGAACAUGAGGAUGGUAGGAAGGAAUUGGUGCAGACCCAGAAAGACGUGGGACAGGAUUUCGGGGCUGCUAAAGAUGCUGACGAAGAAGAAGGGGUGGGCGUCGGGAAUGUGGUCAGUAUCGGGGACAAGAUCAACUUGAGAAAGCGCAAAUUCCCACUGCCAAAGUCCGACGGGUAUCUACAGUAUCUGGAAAGAAAGCGCAAUAAUGGCUCUGAGAAUGCCAAAGCACCACCCGUUAAGGCUGAGCCAACAAUGAAGACGGAAGAUGAAGAGACCAACGGUGUCCACGACGCCAGAGCUAGCUACACCGAGCCUCCGCUCAAGCCCUCAGAGAAGCGGCGUAUCUACUAUGGCGCAGAAACGCCAGUUCUGGCACCACUCACAACGCAAGGCAAUCUACCGUUCCGCCGUCUCUGCGUGUCUCUCGGCGCAGAAGUCACAUGGUCCGAGAUGGCCAUGGGCUUCCCGCUCAUCCAAGGCGAGAAGCAGGAAUGGGCGCUGGUGAAAUGCCACGAGUCCGAAUUGGCGCCUCCAAAGUACACACCGAAAGGCGUGGUCCAGAAUUACGAUAACGCCAAAGACCUCAAAUUCGGCGCUCAAAUUGCUGCCAACAAACCUUACAUCGCGCUCAAGACCACGGAAGUCCUCACCGCACUGUGUCCACACUUGCGCGCCAUCGACCUAAACUGUGGCUGUCCAAUCGAUCUUGUCUACAAACAGGGAGCUGGCUCGGCGCUUCUAGACGCCCGCUCGAAGCUGGAGAACAUACUGCGAGGCAUGAAUGUCGUAUCAGGAGAAGUACCCAUCACCGUAAAGAUCCGCACAGGUGUCAAGGAUAAGCAGCCCACAGCCGAGAAGCUGUGUCGUCGGCUCGUGCUAGGCGGUGAGGAGGCUCAGGAUUCUGGCGAAGGACCAUCCGGUGUAGCGGCAAUCACGCUCCACGGCCGCAGCAGACAGCAGAGAUACACCCGUAGCGCCGACUGGGAAUACAUCGCUGAAUGCGCCAACCUCGUCCAGAACCUCCGCUCCGACCGCGCAGAAGUGACAGACACCGUCCGUGAACCCGACGCUCGCGACCUCUCAGCCUCCGCAAAGCCAGACGGCCUACCCUACUUCAUCGGCAACGGCGACAUCCUCUCCCACGUCGACUAUAACCAGCACAUGGCCGAAGGCAAAGUCGACAGCUGCAUGAUCGCCCGUGGCGCCUUGAUCAAACCCUGGAUCUUCGAGGAGAUCGCCACGAACCAGUAUCUCGACAAAUCCGCCAGCGAGCGUCUGGGCUACAUCGAGCGCUUCGCUCGCAACGGCCUAGAAUACUGGGGCUCGGACGAGAUCGGUGUGGGCACCACGCGGCGGUUCUUGCUCGAGUGGUUGAGCUUCAGCUGUCGUUACGUGCCGGUUGGGAUUCUGGAGCACUUGCCGCCGAGGUUGGGCGAUCGGCCGCCGGCGUUUAAGGGGAGGAGUGAUUUGGAGACGUUGUUGAGCAGUGCUAACUACAAGGACUGGAUCAAGAUUAGCGAGAUGUUCCUCGGUCCCACGCACAAGGACUUCCACUUCCAGCCGAAGCACAAGUCGAACAGCUACGAGAUCGAGGCGGAGGGUUGA